AUGGCAGAACUGAAACCAACACAUAUUAGCUGGCAGCCUUCAGUAAAUGCAAGCGCACACCAUACUGACAGAUAUGCCAACACUGAGCUGACCGUGAGGCGUGGACAACCCUUCACUAUUACUCUGUACUUCAACAGACAAAAGUACCCUGGGGAGAGCCUAGCCUUUGUCACUGAAAUAGGACCAGCCCCCUCAGAAUCCCAUCGUACAAGAGCUGUAUUUAACCUCUCUGAGGUGGGAGCAAGUGGCUGGAGUGCUGCCCAGGGACCCAGUGAGUCUGGACAUAUGACCUUUAUAAUAUCUAGCCCAGCUAAUGCCAUCAUUGGACGAUACAAUCUCAUCCUCCAGGUAAACUCAGGGAACAAGAUCUUCUCCAGAUUCCUGGGGCAGUUUGUGAUUCUUUUCAAUCCUUGGUGCCCAGGUGAUGAUGUCUACAUACCUAAUGAAAAUGAGAGACAGGAAUAUGUUCUAAAUGAAAAUGGAAUUAUUUUUGUGGGCAAUGCAAAGUACAUUGAAGCAAGAGGAUGGUACUACGGACAGUUUCAAGAUCACCUCCUAAACAUCUGUCUCACCAUGCUUGAUCUGAGUCUAUACUAUCGUCAGGAUCCAGCUGUUGAUGUAGCUCGAAGAGGAGAUCCUAAAUAUGUGGGUCGAGUCAUUAGUUCUAUGAUCAAUGGAAAUGAUAAUGAUAACGGAGUUCUCCUGGGAAAGUGGCAAGGAAGUUUCCACUCACAUGAGAAUCCAUCCAGAUGGGAUGGCAGCGUAGUAAUCCUCCAGAAAUGGCGUCAGGAUAACUACAGGCCUGUUCAGUACGGCCAGUGCUGGGUGUUUGCAGGUGUGAUGUGUACAGUUCUGAGGUGCUUGGGGAUCCCGACUCGUUUGGUAUCCAAUUUUAACUCUGCCCACGAUGUGGAUAGAAACCUGAGCAUCGAUAAGUACUACGACAGCUCUGGAAAAAGUCUUAAUAUCAGCAAGGAUUCCACAUGGGAUUAUCAUGUCUGGAAUGAAAGCUGGUUCAUUCGCCCAGAUCUGGGAACACGAUACAAUGGAUGGCAGGUUUUAGAUGCGACUCCACAGGAACAAAGCAAAGGAUUAUUCCAGUGCGGCCCUGCAUCUGUUGUAGCCAUCAAAGAAGGCGAUGUAGAUCUGGAUUACGACACCUUAUUUGUGUACACAGAGGUGAAUGCUGAUUGCAACAGAUGGAUUGUAUACAAUGAUGGAACUAAGAAAAGAGUUUAUUGUGAUACUGAAAUAAUCGGCAGGUUUAUCAGCACCAAAGCUGUUGGCAGCAAUUCCCGUGUGGAUAUCACUUAUAACUACAAAUAUCCAGAAGGUUCUUCUGAAGAAAGAAGAGUUUACAAAAAGGCCUUGGCCAAGAUAUUUGGAUCACGCAUUACAGAAGGACACACCGCUUCCCCACAUGAAAGAUCUUCAGACUCAAUGAGAAACCCUGGGAUCGCUGGGAAGUUCAAGCUGGCUGAACCUCCAGUGUUUGGCAAAGACAUUAACCUCAUCUUAAUUCUCAAUAACCUAUCCACUGACCACAAGACUGUGAAAGUGGACAUCAGUGCGUCAAGUGUCCUGUACACCAGGAGAGCAGUGGCAGAGAUCCUGAAAGCAAACACCUCUGUGGAUCUCGGUUCUAAGCAAGAGAAACACAUCCGGUUAAAGAUCCCUUAUGCUUACUAUGGGAAAUACUUGACUACUGACAAAAGGAUCCAAGUCACUGCUUUGUGUGAAGUCAUGCAUGGGGUUAAGCUGCUGGUGGAGAAGACAAUCAUUUUAGAGGACACAAACAUUAUCAUUAAGAUUCCUCAUCGGGUUGUAGUGAACAGAGCUGCAACUAUAGAGAUCUCCUAUGCCAAUCCACUCCCUGAACCUGUGGACCGCUGUGUUCUCCUGGUGACUUUGAUGAAUCAGCAGGUCAAGAUACAUCUAGCACGACUGGCACCAAGGGAGAGAUCAAGAAUUUAUUUUGAAUUCACACCCCGCAGGACUGGGCCCUUACAGCUGCAAGUAGACUUCUCUUGUGACAAAUUUUCACAUGUUAAGGGCUUUGUAACCAUUGCAGUAGCACCUGCAUAA